AUGAGGGUGCUCGUGCUAGCCUUGGCUGUGGCCCUUGCGGGUAUGUCUUCUUCUCCAGAAUUUGCUGUGGGAAAGACCUACACGUACAAGUAUGAAGCAUUUCUGGUGGGUGGACUUCCCGAGGAGGGCCUGGCUCGGGCUGGCUUGAAAAUCAGGAGCAAAGUUCUGAUCAGUGCAUUGGCUGCCGACACCUUGAUGCUGAAGCUCGUAGAACCUGAACUCUUUGAGUACAGCGGCAUCUGGCCCAAAGACGCUUUCACCCCGGCCGCGAAGCUCACCUCAGCCCUGCAAGCUCAACUGUUGACGCCAAUCAAGUUUGAGUACGCUAACGGCGUUGUAGGCAAAGUGUACGCACCGGCGGGCGUCUCUGCUUCUGUACUGAAUAUCGUCAGGGGACUCAUCAACAUCUUCCAGAUGAACAUCAAGAAGACGGUGAACGUCUACGAGCUUCAAGAGGCUGGCAUAAAGGGUGUGUGCAAGACCCACUAUGUGAUCAGUGAGGACACAAAGGCAGACCGCAUCCUUGUGACCAAGACUAAGGACCUGGACCACUGCCAGGAGAGAAUCAUCAAGGAUAUCGGCUUGGCUUACGCAGAGAGAUGUGUUGAGUGUCAGGCGCGAGGAAAAAGUCUGAAGGGAACAGUUGCCUUUGACUACGUCAUGAAACCAGCAGCCACAGGUGCUCUGAUCUUGGAGGCGUCCUCCACACAGCUCACACAGUUCUCUCCUAUCAACAUCCUGAAUGGUGCUGCCCAGAUGGAGGCUAAGCAACGGUUGACCUUCCUGGAGAUGACAAAUGCUCCUGUGGAGCCUGUCAGAGCUGAAUACCUCCACCGUGGAUCCCUGAAGUACGAGUUUGGCAGCGAGCUGCUCCAGACACCUAUCCAGCUUCUAAGGAUCAGCAAUGCCGAAACUCAGAUUGUGGAGGUCCUGAACCACCUGGUGUCCAAUAAUGUGGCCAAAGCCCAUGAAGACGCACCUCUGAAGUACAUUGAGAUCAUCCAGCUUUUGCGUGUGGCCAGAUAUGAGACUAUCAAGGCCAUCUGGUCACAGUUCAAAACCCGUCCAGAUCAUAGAUACUGGAUUUUACAAUCUAUCUCUGCCAUUGGCUCUCAUGUUGCAAUAAAGUUCCUCAAGGAACAAUUCCUUGCUGGUGAGCUUACCCUCCCUGAAGCAGGCCAGCUGGCAAUGACGUCCAUACACAAGGCGACUGCAGACUUGGAGGCCAUCAGGCUACUACGGGAUCUGAUGCAGGAGCAAAAGAUCCAGGAACACCUACUUCUGAAAGAGAGUGUUGCACUUGGCUACGGAACUCUGGUUGCUAAAUACUGCAUGGAAAACCCAACUUGCCCAGCUGACCUCAUCAGGCCCAUUCACGAUAUGCUGGUCCAAGCUGUUGCCAAGGGAGACCGUAACGAAAUCAUUGUGGCUCUCAAAGUUCUGGGUAACGCUGGACAUCCUAGUAGUCUAAAGCCAAUCUUGAAGAUCCUGCCUAGCUUUGGUGGUACUGCUGCUAACCUGCCACUGCAAGUUCACAUCGAGGGGGUUCUGGCUCUGAGGAACAUUGCCAAGAGAGAGCCCAAAAUGAUCCAGGAAAUCGCCAUUCAACUGUUCAUGGAUAGAGCCCUUCACCCGGAGCUUCGUAUGGUUGCUGCCAUUGUGCUGUUUGAGACCAAACUGCCCCAGGGUCUGGUGACAACCCUUGCCGAUGCAAUCUUGAAAGAAAAAAAUCUUCAGGUUUCCAGCUUGGUCUACUCUUACAUGAAGGCAAUGACGAGGAACACCUCUCCUGAUUUUGUGUCUGUUGCUGCAGCGUGUAAUGUUGCUGUGAAGAUCCUCAGCCCCAAACUGGACAGACUGAGCUACCGCUUCAGCCGAGCUCUCCUCAUUGAUGGCUAUUACAGUCCUUGGAUGGUCGGGGCUGCCGCUAGUGCCUUCUACGUGAACGAUGCUGCAACUCUUUUCCCAAGAACAAUCGUGGCCAAGGCUCGCAGCUACAUGGCAGGAGUUUAUGCUGAUGUCAUUGAGGUCGGAGUGAGAACUGAGGGAAUCCAGGAAGCCCUUCUGAAAAUCCAGGAUGUGCCUGCCGAUGCAGAAAGGAUCACCAAGAUGAAAAGAGUUCUCAAAGCUCUCUCUGAGUGGAGAGCCCAACCUUCCAGCCAGCCCCUCGCCUCAGCGUACAUGAAAUUGUUCGGACAGGAGAUCGCCUUUGCCAAUAUCGACAAAGCCAUGGUUGAUUACAUUGUAGAGUUUGCCAAUGGACCAGCAGUCCAGGCUUACGGAAAGAAGGCUUUGGAUGGGGUUCUGUCUGGUAUUAAACUGAACCUGGCUCAGCCACUGCUGCUUGCUGAGGUUCGUCGCAUCCUGCCCACCACUGUCGGUCUGCCUAUGGAGCUUAGUUUCUACACUGCUUCUGUGAUUACAGCAGCCAUUGAACUCCAAGCCACAGUGACACCACCACUUCCUGACAAAUUCCAUGCUUCCCAGCUCCUCAAAUCUGACAUCAGCAUGAAGGUUGCAUUCAUUCCGAGUGUUUCCAUGCAUACCUACGCAGUGAUGGGUGUGAAUACUGCGCUGAUCCAGGCUGCCGUGGUCUCAAGAGCCAGAGUCAACACAAUUGUCCCAGCAAGGAUCGAAGCAAGAAUGGACAUGAUUAAGGGCAACUUCAAGUUGGAGUUCCUGCCUGUUCAAGGCAUCAAUAAGAUUGCAUCUGUACUUGUUGAUACCUAUGCUGUUGCGAGAAAUGUGGAAGAUCUUGCCGCCGCAAAGAUAACACCUUUGAUUCCAGUUGAGCUUACAUCCCCAGUGUCAAGGAAAAGCUCUUCCAGAAUGGCCUCAACUCUCACUAAAAGCGAAUCUGUAUCAUCUGAGAUCAUCUUUGGGGAUGUACCAAGCAAAAUGAACAAGUUAAUCCGGAUCGUUGAGAAGAAGUUCUGUGGAGAGAGCGAAACCUUUGGAAUCAAGGCAUGUACAGAGAUUAACUCCCGCAGUGCUGCCUUCAUCCGAGACGUUCCACUCUACGCUGUCAUCGGCAAACAUGCAGCUUUGCUUGAGGUUCGACCAGCAGCUGGACCUGCCGUUGAGAAAAUAGAAAUUGAGGUACAGAUUGGAGAAAAAGCAGCAGAAAAGAUAAUCAAAGUCAUUGACAUGAAUCAAGAGGAGGAAAUUCUCGAGGACAAGAAGGUUUUGAUGAAACUGAAGAAAAUCCUGAUUCCUGGUUCAAACAGCAGCUCAUCCAGCUCGAAAAGCUCUCGUUCUGUCAGCUCCAGCUCCAGUUCGAAACGUUCCUCAAGCUCUUCUGCCUCAUCUUCGAGUUCCUCUCGCAGAAAGAGCAAGAUGGUUGACGCUGUUGCCCCCCUCAACAAGAAAUCCAAGAGAAGUUCCUCGAGCAGCCAUUCGAGCAAGUCCUCCAGUAGCUCCUCCAGCAGUUCUUCCCGCAGUCAUGUGUAUUCCAGAUCUAGCUCCAGCUCCAAGUCCAGCUCUGUCAGUUCCAGCGACAGCUCCCGCUCAAGGCAAAAACUCUAUGAGAUGAAGUUCACCAAGAACCACAUCCACAAGCAUGCACCGUCUGUAGCUCAAACCGGUAGUCACAGCAGUGCCCAAAGCUUUGAGACCAUCUACAAGAAUGCUAAGUAUCUUGCUAAUGCUGUCAACCCAUCCGUGACCAUUCUGAUCCGAGCUGUGAGAGCAGACCAAAAGGUACAAGGAUACCAGAUUUCAGCUUACUUUGACAAGGCCACUUCCAGACUGCAGGUAAUUUUAGCCAACCUGGCUGAGAAGAACAACUGGAGGAUCUGUGCCGAUGGCGUGAUGCUGAGCGACCACAAGCUGAUGGCCAAGAUUGCAUGGGGCAUUGACUGUAAACAAUAUAUGACUGAGAUCACAGCUGAAACUGGUGUUGUGGCACAAGAGCCAGCCUUCCGCUUGAAGGUGACCUGGGACAAACUUCCGAGCUACAUGAAGUCCUACGCAAGGAGGUUGUCCGAGUACAUGUUUAGAAUCGCUCAGAAGUCUGGAAUUGGCCUGGCAAAGGCCAAGAAUCCUCGUAACGAGAUCAAACUGACAGUGGCUGUUUCUUCAGAGCAAAACUUGAAUGUCACCCUGAAGACACCAACGAGAACCAUCUACAAACAAGACAUCUUUCUCCCUAUUUCGUUGCCAUUCGGAGACACUGCCUCAGAGCUGCAGGCAUACAAGAACAACUGGGUGGACACCAUCUCCUACAUGGUUACCAAGGCACACGCAGCGGAGUGCAAGCUGGUCAAAGACAAAGUGACCACAUUCAACAACAGGACGUUCACGGUCGAGAUGCCGCACUCUUGCCAGCAGGUUUUGGCUCAGGAUGCCUCAGAAGAACAUAAAUUCCUUAUUUUGCUGAAGAGAGACCAAACACACGAACAAUACUUUGUCAACGUGAAGAUUGCUGAUAUUGAAGUUGAAAUGUAUCAGAAGGCCGGCGUUGCCAUGGUGAAGAUCAAUGGCGUCGAAGUCCCUCUCAGUAAUCUGCCGUACGAGCAUCCCACAGCCAAGAUUCAGAUCAAACAGAGGAACAAGGGCAUCGCUCUCCAUGCUCCCAAACACGGUCUUCAGGAAGUCUACUUUGACGUCGAAAGUGUGAAGGUUAAAGUUGUGGACUGGAUGAGGGGAAAGACCAGUGGAAUCUGCGGAAGAGCCGAUGGGGAGAGCAAGCAAGAAUAUCGCACACCAUCUGGACGGGUGACCAAGAACGCAGUCAGCUUCGCUCAUUCCUGGGUCCUGCCUGCCAAGAGCUGCCGGGAAACCACAGAGUGCUACAUGAAACUGGAGUCUGUGAAGCUAGAGAAGCAAGCGAUAGUCCACGGCCAGGAGUCCAAAUGCUUUUCGGUGGAGCCCGUGCUGCGCUGUCUGCCUGGAUGCAUGCCGCUGAGAACCACCAACCUCUCUGUUGGCUACCACUGCCUGCCCACUGAAUCCCGCCUGAGUAUUUCUGAGGGUCUGGGCAGCAUCUUCGAGAAGAGCAUCGACCUGAGGGAAACCGCUGAGGCCCACCUGGCCUGUCGCUGCACUCCUCAGUGUGCUUAA